AUGUUCAACUCUGCAGACAUGGUCUUUUCACUGGAUAAUUUAUUUUAUGAAAAACCAGAUAUGAGACAAAGGUGUCUGGAAAAUGAAGAUCGUAAGACUUGGUUUAUUGCGCCUGCUCCAGCUAUUGCUGAAAUUCCAGCUGCAGAGGAGUUACAGAGGGAACUGGAAAAAAGCUCACCUAGCACUCCUAUGGGGGGGAGCAAGCAUGAGAAGUUUGUACAACAAUGUAAGAGUAACACAGAGAAAGUAGAAGAUAAAUCAUCAGCACCUGUUCUUUUUGGCAUAACCCCUGAAAAAGAAGUCCUUCAAUUAAGUCUAGGAGAAAGAGAUAAAGUUAGUUUUCCGCAUGAAAAUCUGAAAGUGGUUUCAUCUUUUCUCUCCUUUGAUGAAAAUAAAUCUAAAAGAGUAAUAGGUUUUUCCCAGCAACCAGGAAAUAAUGAAGCAUUAAGUGAAAACAAUGAUGAUGAGAGUGUCCAUUCAACAUUAAGAAAAAGCUUAUUUAAAAAGUCUGGGAAUGUGCAUAAAAAUACAGAAUUUAAAGCUGGUUCUGUUGAUGUGAAAGAAAUUGGUGCUUCCUUAAAUACAAGUGAAAAUAUGAAAGAAGUGACUAAAGAAGGUUUUUUGAGAAAUAGUCAUCAUGGUCGAAUAACUAAAGACUCAGAUUUUACUUUGCAUAGGGUAAAUAAUGAGGAGAUUGUGUCUGAAAAUGGAAUUAAAAUUCAAUCAUUUUCUAAUGCUUCAGAGAUUCUGGAUAUGACAGGAACAACAGGAAGAAAAUUGGAAAUUUUGAGGGCCGUUACAGAAAUACCAACCCAAUUUAGAAGUGUUUUUAAGGAGUUCCCGUAUUUUAACUAUGCACAGUCAAAAGCUUUGGAUGAUCUUUUAUAUACAGAUAGGAACUUUGUGAUUUGUGCUCCAACUGGCUCUGGGAAGACUGUAAUGUUCGAACUAGCUAUUACCAGAUUACUCAUGGAAGCCCCACUGCCUUGGUUAAACAUUAAAGUUGUUUACAUGGCUCCAAUAAAAGCUCUAUGCAGUCAGCGUUUUGAUGACUGGAAAGAAAAAUUUGGACCUAUAGGACUCAUCUGCAAGGAGUUGACAGGAGAUACAGUGAUGGAUGAUUUAUUUGAAAUACAUCAUGCUGACAUUAUUAUCACUACACCUGAAAAGUGGGAUAGUAUGACUAGAAGGUGGAGAGACAACUCUAUAGUCCAGCUUGUGCGACUGUUUCUCAUCGAUGAGGUACACGUUAUAAAGGAUGAAAGCCGCGGUGCAACUUUGGAAGUUGUAGUCAGUCGGAUGAAAACUAUUCAGUCUUCUCUUUGGCGUCACUUAGAGAAACAUGACACUGUUCCUCCCCUGAGAUUUGUAGCUGUUUCUGCAACAAUCCCAAAUACUCAAGAUAUUGCAGAAUGGCUUUCAGAUAGUAAGAUGCCUGCUGUAUGCCUGAAAAUAGAUGAGGAUCAACGACCAGUGAAGCUACGCAAAAUUGUGCUUGGUUUUCCUUGCAGUGACAAUCAGACAGAAUUCAAAUUUGACUUAACUCUUAACUACAAGAUAGCUAGCGUUAUACAAACAUACUCGGAGCAAAAACCAGCACUUGUGUUUUGUGCCACAAGAAAAGGAGUACAGCAGGCCGCUUCUGUUCUUGCAAAAGAUGCUAAAUUUCUACUGAGUAUAGAACAGAAACAAAGAUUACAGGGGUUUGCAAAUUCAUUGAAGGACUCCAAACUGAGAGACCUUUUGACAUAUGGUGUGGCUUACCAUCAUGCGGGUAUGGAGAUAUCAGACAGAAAAAUAAUUGAAGGAGCUUUUACCGUAGGAGACUUGCCAGUACUUUUUACUACUAGCACCUUAGCUAUGGGAGUCAAUCUGCCUGCACACCUGGUGGUUAUAAAAUCCACAAUGCAUUAUGUUGGAGGAGUGUUUCAAGAGUACAGUGAAACUGAUAUUCUGCAGAUGAUUGGGAGAGCUGGAAGGCCUCAGUUUGACACUACCGCCACAGCAGUUAUUAUGACUCGUUGCAGUACCAGGGGGAGAUAUAUACAGAUGUUAAAUGGUGCUGAUAUAAUAGAGAGCAGCUUGCACAGGCACCUUGUUGAACACUUAAAUGCAGAAAUAGUGCUACAUACUGUCACGGAUGUCAGUGUAGCUUUGGAAUGGAUACGAUCAACAUUCUUGUACAUUAGAGCCUUAAAAAAUCCAACUCAUUAUGGUUUUUCAUCUGGAUUAGAUAAAGUUGGAAUUGAAGCAAAAUUACAAGAACUGUGUCUGAGGAACUUAAAUGAUUUAUCAGCUUUUGAUUUGAUCAGGAUGGAUGAAGCAAAUAAUUUCAAACCAACAGAGACUGGAAGAUUAAUGGCAUGGUAUUACAUUGCAUUUGAUACAGUGAAGCAGUUUUUCACAAUUAAGGGAACUGAGACACUAAAUGAAUUGAUUACAAUGAUCUCCAACUGCACGGAAUUUGUGGAUGUGAAGUUAAGAACAAAUGAAAAGAAAAUAUUGAACACUUUGAAUAAAGACAAAGACAAAAUAACUAUCAGGUUUCCAAUGGAGGGGAAGAUAAAAACAAGAGAAAUGAAAGUAAACUGUCUCAUUCAGGCUCAGCUGGGAUGUAUUCCUAUUCAAGACUUUACUUUGACACAAGAUACUGGCAGAAUAUUUAGAAAUGGCUUGAGAGUUACUAGAUGGCUAUCUGACUUUCUGGCAUCAUCUAAGAACAACUUCUCUGCUUUAUUAAACUCCUUGAUUUUAGCAAAGUGUUUCAGGUGCAGACUUUGGGAAAAUUCACUUCAUGUGUCUAAACAAUUGGAAAAAAUUGGUGUAUCAUUGUCAAAUGCUAUGGUAAAUGCUGGGCUGACAUCAUUUAAAAAAAUUGAAGACAUAAAUGCAAGAGAGCUUGAAUUGAUUUUGAACAGACAUCCUCCUUUUGGAAACCAGAUAAAAGAGUCUGUUUUGCACCUUCCAAAAUAUGAACUUGAAAUUGAACAGCUUCCCAAAUACAGUGACACGUUGGCCGAAAUCUUAGUAACCAUCAAAUUAACAAACUAUGAGCAGCUCCAGACAAAGAGGACAGCGCCAGACUUUCACUAUGUUACACUGGUCAUAGGAGAUGCUGACAACCAAGUUAUUUUUAAUCAGAAAAUUAUGGAUUCUGUGCUCUUGAAAACUGGAAACUGGAUGAAGAAAAUUGAAGUUAAAAGAGCUCUUAAAUCAGAAGACAUUAGUAUAAAUUUAAUUAGUUCUGAUUAUGUUGGCCUUGAUAUACAGCGAGCAUAUACAGCCUUCUACUUAACACCAAAACCAGAGGGACGUAAGGUGGUUACAAAUCAAAAACUGAAAGCUGAAUCUACACUUGAUAAAUGUUAUGGCCCACCCCAAAGCUUGCCAGCAGCAAAAGUAGAUACAGGAGGCAGAUCUAAACAGGAGAUUGCUUACAAGAAAUAUGGCAACAGAGAAUGCAACCACCGCUGUAAAAAUAAAGAUGUGUGUGGGCAUGACUGCUGUAAAACUGGAGUAUCUCCAAAGUCACAGAUGAAUGGAGACACAAAGUUUUCUUUGUACCUAGCUGAUUUAAGGAGCAGGAACUCAGUUUCAUCUAUACCCCCAGUAAAACGUCUCAAGAUGCAGAUGUUAAAUCAAGCUGAAAAUGUGGAUCUCAAACAAUUUGUUUUUACACCUAAGUCUUUAUUACCAGCCUUGCCAAGGUCUAACAAUAAACUGUCAUCUUUAUCACCUUCAGUGGACCAGGAAGAUGAUAUUAAUACCUUAGAAGUAUCUCAGAAGCAGCUGCAGUCCUGGAAUUGUGGAAAGAGUAAUGCUUUGAAUGUGGACUUUGAACUGAGAGAUGAUAUUUGGGAUGAUAUUGAUGAUGAGAAAUUGGUAUUUGCCAGUAAUUUUGUCAGUAGAGAAUUAGAUGAAUGUCAACCCUUCUGCCAGUAUACAUCAAGCAAAGCCACAAAUAACAUUUCAAAAGAUUCAUGGACAGUACAAGAUGAGUCCAGUAUUCAGAACUCAGAUGUUUCUGUGGUCAAUAGCACAUCAAAAGUGGAUUUAUCUGUACAGAAUAGAAAUGUAACUUUGUUCAGUUUUCAAGAAAAAGCACAUUCAAGUCCUUCUCAAGAGCAAAAAAAUUUACAGUGUUCUUCCAUCCCAGAAAUAAUCUCAGACUCUUCUAAAUUCACUAGGAAAGAAGAUUUUUUUAUUUUCACAAAAGAGCAGGAAAAAGAAGUAGAUCCAAGAUUUCUUCUUGAUGAUGAAACCAAUGAUGUCAAGCCCUUUCUUGGAAUAUUUGAUGGUAUUUUGUAAAAUAUGUAAACAAAAUACAUUGUAAGUUCUGGGGAAAGAACUUGCAGCCAAUUUUACAGUGAAGGUUUCAGUCAAGAGAUUUGAUUCCUGUUGUAAACCUAUUUAUUAAUAGCUGGAUUGCUGCAUAGAAUAUAUAAUAGCAGUUUUAUUGUAGAAUUUAUAGAAUGUAAGAAAUAAUAUCUUGUUUUACAAAUAUUAAAGUAUUUUUUGUUGACCUUGCUGUUCAGGAUUAUAAAGAAAAAUAUUGAAAUGUGUCAAAGGAGAAUAGUUCAUCAUUUGAGGGUACUUGUAUAGAUAACAGAAAAUCCCAUUAGAGAAAGUAAAGGAUUAAGUGUUUAUAGUAACCUGUCCUGCUUCUCAAGUAAUCUUUAAGUGAAGGAAAGACUCUUUCCUUAGAAAUUUUGUAAUUUUGUUUGGGUUUUACUUUCAGUUUCUCUAAAACUGAAUUUUUCAUAGUGCUGAUUCUAUAAAAUAAUUAGAUUUAUAAAUAGAAGUAAUAGGAUGAUGGUUCAUCUUAGAUUCUAGAUAUUCCUUUUGACAGUGCUGUGAAUGUGUUAAUAAAAAAGUGCAACUUCAGCAGAUAUGUUUCCAGAUUCUCAGCAAACCAGUUGUUAAAUGUCUGUAAAAAUACUCUAAAACUCUCUUGGCUGUUCAGUUUCAUACCCAAGGUCAUAAAAUGGACAUUCAUGUGACCUAAUACAGAUUUAGGCACCAGGCAUUGGAUUUGGAUAUUUUCUUGUAGCUUUAGUGUUUGAAUAGUAGACUUUGCAAGUUCAACAGUUAGUAGAAUAUAUGAUAUUGCCUGAAAUCCAAGAGAACGUUAAUUUUUACUGUUCAUUAUUUAAAAUGUGAGGAAUUAAAAUGUUACAAUCACAUGUGGAACAUUAGCUGUCUGUUCUUUCAACAUUGUUUGUGGUGCAACUAAAUGCAGUCAUGUUUUUCUCCACUACCAGGUUGUAAUUUUCUCUAAUAACUAAUAACAUUUGCUUGACUCCAGUGUUUCCUUACGCUUUUGACUUAAUAUAACUCUUUCUCUGCAUGAAAGAAUGGCCUAAUCUAACCAACCUCAAUACUUACCCCUCAAUAUGCUUUUGACUAUGCAAAUGCCAGCAGGCCCAAGCUUAACUCAUUUUUCUACACCUCAGGUAUUUUAUUACAUCUCAAAGUUAUUAGUAUGUCAGAUCUCUUUUUGUCAGAUUUUUUUAAAUUAAGCUUCCAAGCUGAUGUAACUCAGAAUUACUGUACUACUGCUACAUUUAACCCAGCAGUCCUAGUCAUGUACACAUUCCAGUUCUGUGUCAGGGUAGGAUUUAAGAAUGCAGAUUUUAUCUCCUGCACAUCACCAUCUUCUGAUUUCCAUGGGAAACAGGUGGCUCCUAGGCAGAUACAGUGGUGUUUCUCAAAAGAUGCUUCAUAUAAAUGAUCAGGAGACAAAAACUCCAGGAUACGCCCCAGAAGGUAAGUGUUGACAUAGCUAUGGAGAGCUGGAAUUGCCAUUGUUUAAUUGAAUCCCAUUAAGAGAGAAAUCUAGUUCUCCUGGACCCCCUGCCUAGUCACUAGAAAGAGGCAGACACUGUCAGAAGAUAUUGGUGGAAUGUUCUCUGGUGGGACUCUCCAAAAUACCUGUGAUGAGAGUGACAUGGAGAAGCUGGUGUGAUGUAAUUUCACAGACAGGCUCACUGAAUAUUGUUUUGCUUGUGCAUGUGAGACACUGAAUUCCUUUAUCCAUGUAAGGAUCUGAUUUCUCUAAGGUGAAUAAAAGGGCAAGAGAUGACUGUGCUUUGUUUCAGGUGCUGACCAAAUGCUAAAAAAGACAAAUUCAACAGGAUAUCAUCAGACAUUUUCACUAAGCUGCUAACAAUGAGUAAAAUACAGACUAAAGUACAUGAAAAAAUUGUUAGAGUCUAAACUGAUCCUUAUUUUAAUUCUACAUAGAGCUGAAACAUUAAAUGAGUGGCUUGAGUUUCAGUCAGUGGGAUUGUGUAAGUAAUUCUUUGGGGAUACAGCAGGAUGCCACAGACUUUAGUCUGGGGAUGAUUCUACAAAAUUUACAUUAUAAAAAUACUGUUUUCUAUAAUGGAGUAGUGAAAGAAAAUUCAAUGUGAUGAGAAGUCAGAUUUUACUAUCUUAUUUGUGUGAUUCUCCAUAAUAAAAUACAUGCUUAUACCUGCUUUUAAUUUAACUUCAACUUCCUUAUGUGCUUCCUUGUCCUAUCACACAUAUUGAUUUCAAAAUAUAGACUAAGGUCAACCAUAUCUGUGCCUGAAGAAAAUGCAGUAUGGACUCAAAACCUAUAAUCUUCAAAAAUAGUGGGAAAAUAAGUAUAGUGUUUAAACAUGUUGCCAGACAUAUUUGUGUAUAAGGUAAGUUACAGCAUACAGAAUACUGCAAAUGUAUUGUAACAUAAUUUUCAUUGUGUGGUGCAUGUCUUGAGCACAUUUUAAUUAUAUAGCUUUUAUUCCUGUAUUUGAAGAUUUUAAU